AUGCAGCCGGACAGUAAUAAAAAAACCUCCUACCUUACAAGAAAGAAACAUGCCGUGGCCGCCGCCCCCAUGGAACCUCGAUUCAACAACAACAACAACAACAACAACAACAACAACAACAACAACAAUAGCGUCCGUCACCAUCAUCGCCACUCUCGCUCGACGCCACCCUCAUUCUCCCGCAGCCACACUACCGCCCGCGCCCUCUCCCGCAACAGUAGCUGCCUCUUCCGCAGCACCGCUCCUCCAGCCCCGGCCCCGGUCCCGGCCCCGACACCGACUGCUGCUGCUGCUGCCCGUCUGUCGCAGCACACCCGCAGCCACACUACCGACGGCACUCUAUCCCACAGCUGCAGCAGCAGCAGCAGUGACCUUUUCCGCAGCGCCGCUUCGCAGCAUGCUCGCAGCCAGAGCACCCCGGCCACCAUCGGCGAGACCACCACCGUGCUCGUCGGCCGCUCACGCAAACCCUUUACUGUCGACCGCCGACUUCUCUGCGCCGCGAGCCCCUUUUUCCGGGAUCAGCUGCAAAUGCCGAAUCGCUACGCCUCGUCGUCGCCGCCGUCGUCGUCGUCGUCGCCGCGGCGCAGCGACGACCUGUUCACGUACCGGCGCAUAAAGCUGUGGCUGCCGGGCGAGUCGGCGACCAUGUUUGGGCUGUUUGUCGAGUGGCUGCACGCGCCGCGGUCAUUUCGGUCAUAUCUCGACGACACGGCCGCCGCCGCCGCCGCCGCUGCCGCCACGCGCGACCCAUUGUCGUCGUCGUCGUCGUCGCCGUCAUCGUUGCCGUCGUCAUCUUCUUCAGCCUCGCCCGCGCACUUGCUACACUGGGCGCUCGUCCGACUGCACCUCUUUGCCGCGCACCUCGGCCUUGCGCCCCUGCAGGACCUCGCCAUGGACGCCCUGCAGGACCUGUACCUCUGCUGCGACUGGGACAUUUCGCCCGGCGUCGUCACUUACCUCUACACCCGCUGCGAGACGCGGCCCGCGGCGCGCUUGCGCCGCUGGGCCGUCGCCAUGAUGGCCUUUUCCCUCGCCGUCGCCGACUGGCACACCACAAGCAGCGACGACACCCGCGUGGUCGCCGCUACAGAAGCAGCAGCAGCAGCAGCAGCAGCAGCAUCAGUUACAGCUACAGACGCGGACACGCGGCUCCGCGGCUUGAUUGCCGCGUUGCCGGAGCUGGCUGCCGACUAUGCGACGCACGUGAAGAGUAUGCGCCGCGCGGCGCUGGACAUGCGCUUCAAGAACCCGCAGCUGCGCAUCCCUGCCAACGCGUUGAGCAAUGAGAAGCGCGCGUUUGGCUUUCGAGAGUGCUCGUUUCACUCCCAUCGCAGGGCCGUCGGUCAAGGCGCGUGCCCACACGCGGCGAGUGGGCUGCGGAGAGCGGAGACAGGGUCGAGGCUGGAUUUGAGAACGGAGGAGAAGGUGGAGGAGGAGGAGGACGACGACGACGACGACGACGAUGACGAGGGGGAUGAGGACGAGGACGAGGACGAGGACGAUGAUGAUACGAGGCAGUGGGAAAAGGAGUGGGCGGAUGAGCUUAUGGGGUGGGAGUGGGAGGAGGAGGGCGAGGAUGCGUACACCGACACCAAGUUGCUCAAGCUCGGUUCGUGGUAA